GGAAUGAACAAUCAUGUUUCUCGACAAUGAAGAGAGUAAUCAAUACACGCUGGUCGAGGUUGUUGAUAUACUGAAUAGAAUGCUAUUCCCUACGCCGAGAUGCAACUCAAUGGAUUUUGUACUCGAUAUGCUUGAGUAUUCCUAUCAGCUUAGAGAAUGGCUCGUUAGUUUAUGCGAGGAAAUACUACUAGUGAUCGAUGUAAAAGAGGACGUAGGGCAUUCUCUUCGAAAUAUAAUUUCAUCUCACAAAAAAGCUGAAAGCUCUCUUAAGUUCAAUACCAUAAUUCUCCUCCUUAAGAAGUUGCAUAUACAUGAAACUAAUCUCACUGAGAGUGCAAUAGAUAGACCCGAGACUUUCAAACUCUGCGAUAUUUACUUCCCGGAUAAUGCAGAUAAUGUUCAGCGGAGAACAGAAGUGAAGUAUUACGCACGUUUAGCCAAGAAGCUAACCAAAGCGCUCAAGAAAGCUAACAAAAGCGAGGCUGAGAUACGCAAUGAAGUUUAUCUCAAUAAGGAGUUGAACAAAGUCAAAGCGAUAGCCCUGGACGCUACGACUGAACCAUUGAGAGGAUAUCUUUACGAGUGUCUGUCUGAUUGGAACUAUGUCCACGAUACCUACAAUGUUGUUCAGCGAAGUACGACGAUCAACACAGGUCAUACCAUCAAUGAGAGCUUCAAAAUGCCACAUAAAAGGAAGCGCGUUGUUUGAUUAUAUUUGCACUUUUAUAGACGGUUUUGUAUUAGUAUAUGUACUUU